UAGUUGCCAGUACUAGCGCUGGCCUGCAACCAGCUUGUUUACCUUAUUCCGUCCAAAUGAAGUAGAUGAAUGGCAGGUGAAACUGACUCCAGAACAGAUACUACGUGUUUUAUUGUUUUCCGGUUAUGUGUGCGGAAAUGAAUACGAUGGUGUAACAUCUAAAUCUGAGCACCAUUCUGCGUUAUUAAAAGGGUAAAGGUCUGACAUUAUGUCUGAGGGCAGUUCAUUUAUGAAAGGCAUGAUCCUAGGAGGGAUAUUCUGCCUGGUGAUAUCUUUGUUCGAGACUUUUAAUUCAGGAACCCACUCAGAAGGUCACGAGCAUCUCCACCACCAUCUGAAACCUCUCAGCAAAGAUGAGCUACAGAAGUUAUCACUGUCUCAGAUGUCUGACUUGGCCCUGCAGGUUCAAGUGUACUGUCUUAUCAUGGUUACUCCCAGGCUCUUGCUCCACUGGGCGACCGCCAACGACACAUGGAGCAAACACUGCGACAAAUCUGUAUUCUACACAUCCGAAUCGUCCAAAGCUCUAGAGGCGUUUGACCUACAAGAGCAGGAUGAGUGGGUUAGGAUUCGCAAAGCCAUCAAACACGCCUAUGAGAAUGCUGGAGACCUGCGCUGGUUCUUUUUGGCCCGGCCCACCACGUUCGCGAUUAUAGAGAACCUCAAGUAUUUGGUGUUGGAUAAAGAUCCAAGCCAGCCGUUUUACAUCGGCCACACAGAAAAGUCCGGAGAGCUGGAUUAUGUAGAGUAUGACAGCGGGAUCGUGCUGAGCUAUGAAGCUAUGAGAAGGCUGAUAGAGAUGUUCAAAGAUGAGGACAAAUGUCCAGAGCGAGGACAUGCCUUGUGGAAGAUGCCUGAAGAAAAGCAGCUCGCCACUUGUCUGAAAUACAGCGGCGUGUUCGCUGAAAAUGGAGAGGAUGCGCAAGGGAAAAGCCUUUUUAAUAAGAAGAGCGUCAGCACCUUGAUUUCCGACAGCAUGGGCCAAAACCCAGCCGACGUUGUGGAGGCCUGUUGUUCUGACAUGGCCAUUACAUUCGGUGGCAUGAAUCCAAGCCAGAUACAGGUUUUGAUGUACGGCGUCUACAGGCUCAGGCCAUACGGACACGAUUUUCAAGAUUCAUUGACAUUUCUGCCUCCUAAAGACUCUGAUAAUGAUUGAUUGACUUUCUGGGUUCAGUAUUGGAACUGUUACUGUCACUCACAGAAUUGAGAUUGAGUUGAUCAUAAUUGGGUGCAGGGCUGAAUUAGCUGUGAUGUGCAGUACUUCUAUUUCUAUUUCUGUGUGCUUGGAAAGUCGGUGUGGGUUGUAAGUUGAGGGGGUUACACUAUGCUUUCCCAUACAAAUGCAUUCAGUCAAAAGGAUAAUUGUUUGCAUAUAAGGUAAUCAUGCUGGGCCAAUAUUAGAAAUUUUGUGCACUUGAUGGUAUUUUGAAUAAAAAACACACUAGAUUUAUGAAUGGCACACAUGGAUCAGAUAUGCAAUAUGAUGCAAAAUUAAAAGUCGAAUAAAGUAUAUAAUGCUCAGUGUAUACUUUAAAUGAUCCAUUUGAUGAUAACUACAGUUGAAGUCAAAAGUUUACAUGCACCUUGCAGAAUCUGCAAAAUUUUAAUUAUUUUACUAAAAUAAGAGGGAUCAUACAAAAUGUUAUUUUUUAUUUAGUACUGACCUGAGUAAGAUAUUUCACAUAAAAUAUAUUUAUAUAUAGUCCAUAUAGACUACAAACACUUGAUUCUUAAUACUGUGUUGUUACCUGAAUGAUCCACAGCUGUGAUUUUUUUUGUUUAGUGAUAGUUGUUCAUGAGUCCCUUGUUUGUCCUGAACAGUUAAACUGUCUGCUGUUCUUCAGAAAAAUCCUAUAGGUCCCACAAAUUCUUUGGUUUUUCAGCAUUUUUGUGUAUUUGUACCCUUACCAACAAUGACUGUCUGAUUUUGAGAUCCAUCUUUUCACACUUAGGACAACUGAGGGACUCAUAUGCAACUAUUACAGAAGGUUCAAAUGCUCACUGAUGCUUCAGAAGGAAAAACGAUGCAUUGAGAGCCAGGGGGUGAAAACUUUUGAACAGAAAGAGAAUGUGUACAUUUUUCUUAUUUUGCCUAAACAUUGUAUUUUUUCAUGUUGUACUGCCAUUCAGAAGCUACAGAAGAUACUUACAUGUUUCCCAGAAAUCAAAAUAACUUGAAUUUACCCUGAUC